CUCUCUCACACACAUACAUACACGACACAAGUGUGUGCAGCUCUUCUUGUUAUGGCACUUUCAUUCAUUUGGAUCAUCCAACCUUAACCAUAACCAGUUUAUGUGUUUAUGUCUAACCCUAAACUUAAUGUAACAACAAUACAUAUAAAAAAAAGUCAGUGUUUAUUCACACCCACCUAUGUUAACAUCAGAAAAUGGCCUAAAGAGACAAUGAAGACAUUGUUCCCCUUGGAUUCUGGAUGAUUAAAAUGUAAUAUUUAAAACAAAUUCCCUCUCCAUUCAUAGUUUCCUUGUUCAUAUUUUCUUCUUGCAGAUGAGUAGUAGAGCAAUCUGACCUCAAAUUGCUGCCAGUAUCUCCAGUGUGUUCAAAUUCAAUACUGUAAGAAUGUGAAUGAUGGAUAAUGCAAUUAACUUGCCAAAUCACAGUAUUAUUUUUAUUGAUUAACCACAAUAAAGAAAAAAGUCUCUGUAGCUCUGUCGUAAAUGACACUUUACUGCUGCAGCGAGUCUUCCUUUCUACCAUUCAGUGGCAGCAGUAGAUCAGACAGAAUCAAAUAAAGGUUUUUUAGGCCAAAAUGUUUGCAAAUAAUAGACAUAAUUAUUUUCAUCUUUCCUCAAAAGGCUUCAUUGCAACUGCAACAUAACUUAAACCUGAGCGUUUUGCAAGACAGUAUUAGUGCAGAUGGGAGACAUUCAAAUUCAGACAACUUUAUUGAUUUCAAUAAGGACAAUUCAGUUGCAGCUUACACACACACUCACAGAGGCAACAGAUUACGGAAAACAAUCAGUAAAUAAAAGAGAAAGAGGUGUGAUGUAUCACAUUAUCUGACACCUUUUUUGAGGUCCAAACUUGGUGCUUCACAGUAGACCAAUUUGCACACUAAGGAAUUUAACACCACUAAGCCAUGAGCUCUAAAGUGUCUUUUAUCUAGAAUUAUUGUUAUCCUCCCAUGCCCUGUGAUGCUGACAAUUCUGUAUGUGUUCAUGAGACCCUUUUUGGACUGGAUGGCAACACCUACUGUAGAAGACCUAAAGUAAGUACAGUAAGUUGUGAAGUUGUGACUCAUAACCUCAUGAAGUUCUUUAAGUGACCCGACUCCCACAGACUUUGAGUGGAGGUAAAGUGUGAAGACGUUUUGUGGCAGUGUCAAAUUGUUUACAGACAUUUCUCCUCUCUUAACUUUUUUCAUGCCACUUCUUGUUUUGAUCGGUGGGAAAUAAAAGUUUAGCAAUGGUAAAGAAGUGCUCUGAAAAUAUCUUUACCUAGCCACAUUGAAAUUGGCUGUAAAAAAAAAAAGAAAGAACCUGCUUUCUGUUCUAAUGCUGUGGAUGAUGCGUGGUGUCUUUGUUUAUACCUUAAGUGGCCUGUAAGUUUGUGCAAGAGCCAACAAAUACUAGCACGCAUUCACUGUCCAACUGUAGUCCUACGCCUCAAGCGUUUAUACACACAGACAAGACUCAAAAAGGCCUCUGUGUACGGCAUAAGUGAAAUGUUUGGCAAGCAUAAAGACUGUAGGGUCAACUGUGCUGGUGUCAGCUGAUUAGUGAGCAGCCAAAGCAGUUAUUAUUAGUUAUAAUACUAAUUAUCUUGUGUGUGUGUGUUUUUUUUUUUCCCUGAAGAGACUAACACUUCCUAUCUCCUGCCACAGGUGGACUCAAGUUCACAGGCACUGCAAAUACUGUAGAGUCACUAAGCAAAAUUACAGAUGAAAUAAACACACAUGCACUUAAUCCAAGCGUUUUUCAAGAAAAUGAGUAAUCUUCAAAUGUGACGUGCAUCAGUUUACUCUCUGUGUCCACUGACUAUCACAACUAAUAAAAAACAGGGCUGUUAUUAGAGUAUAGUAUAGUAGAAGUAAUUGCCUUAGACCUGUGGGCUAUUUUUGGAUGUACAGUAAUCAGCAAGAAAGGUCUGAGCUACACCAUCAUGGCCGAACAGAUGGGAAUUCAUUAGAUCAGCCUUAGGAGCUUUGUGCGUUGCCUGGACACAAUUAGCGAUGCUAGUCUCAAAAACUUUAACCAGCUUACAACCACAGGGACCACAGACCUGCUGCCCAGUUAGAUCGUCAAAACGAGGUCCACUUCACAAUAUGUGAUGUUCUUGCUGUGAUUUUAUUCUGUUUUUGAGACGUUACGCUCUCCUUUGUCUUAUUGAUGCACAUGUUGAUCUUAAUAUUUGAGAAGUUUCAUGUUUAAAAUAGCUGUUAAAUGUUUUUUUUUUUACUAUUUCAGGUGAAUUUGGAAAAAUGGGAAUGACGCUUUCAUGUGAUACAGUGAUAUCUAACAAUGCUGCUUAAUGAUCAGGAAGUGUGUGUUAGUUACAGAAUAGUACCAUUAUGGCACUGAUGACACAUCACUGAGGACGAUAGUAAGAGUGGCAUCACCUUUACUUUUUUUUAUUGUCAUGAAGGGAUUGGAGAGAGUGGGUAAAAAAAGAGGAGUGAAUGAAACUGAGAACACAUGAAAACAGACUGAUGGUAAAAGUGUCAGCCCUCCUUUUAAAAAAGGUUUGGUCGCCACGGCUCGGCCUACGUGUGAGAGAAUCGCUUUUAAUUCCACGUUGUCUUGUGACCAGUGACCUCAGCUUUUCAAGACAGUAAGAGUGGCUGCUGCUGCUGCUGCUGACUCGCUAAUCCUCUUUGCACUCCUCACUCCUGUCCUGCCGCUCUGCUUCAGAGCAUUUGUUGACUUCAUAUCAAAACAGUGCAGUACAACCCUGCCAGAGCUUCUGCACACACAUCCUGGCUACACCUUCUUCUCCCGCUCCUCAUCAGUUUUGGAUUCUGCAAAACAGUGGAGGCUACGUCAAGUUUCAUUUCCCUGUAUAUAUGGAUUGUGCCUUACAAAGUUUUGAGAUUGCAAUUCCGGUGCAAUGGAAUCUGCAGAAGAGGAUUAUGAUGACCUGGCUGAGUACAUAUUGGACUUGAGCAUUGGAUAUACAAUAUGUAAAAGAGUUCAGACGACUGCCUCCUCCUGAUCCAACACCCAACAGCCUUGGUCAACUACAAUCAUCACCAUGGUAACCUUUACAGAGACCACUCCAGUUGCCCCUAUGGGGCUUUGUGAGCCACCCUGCUUUACUGCAGCACUGUCACCCGGGCUACGGCGGAAAAAGAUGCUGUGGCAGAAUGCUGUGAAACACAUCAUGAUCCAGCAGGAGCUCAGCGCCCAGGUUGGUGUGGAGCCAGCACGCAAAAUCUUUGUGACAGAUACUUACAUCGAUGAGAUCAACAGACAAAUCCUCAACAAGGGCUCACGUGGCCUCACGAAACGUCGCUCCUCCACCUUCAGAGUCCACCCUCGUGGGUCCACCUGCUCACACAUCCGCACUGGGGGAUCUUUCUGUGACUAUUCCAGCGAUGCAGACUUCUUUAUGCACUGGGGCCACACUGUUCUUGGUGUGUACAUACCCUCCCUGAGGCAUACCUUUAAAUCCCGCGACCUGGAGAAUCUCUACCAGCAACAUUCCUCCCACCAAAGACGCAACUCUCUAGCUAUCACAAAUGUAAUCGAUGCUAUGGCCAAGCUGCACGUGUUGGUUCUGUACCUGGCGUUGGCCCCUGAGCCUUCCAAAGACACUCUGCGUGGCUGCCUGACAGGCAUUUUCAUGAUGUUUUCUAUAGCAGUGUGCAUCAUGGUGUUGACCUGCAAAGACUCUUUGUCCCUGCGGUGGCUCCACUAUGCUGGUGUAGCUAGCUGGCUGUCACAGACCACGCAGGUGCUGGGAGGACUGGUGUACGGACUAGAAAAAGACCCGUCGUGGUACGUUUUGUUCACAUUGUUCGCCACAUACACCCUGCUGCCCUUACCUCUGCUGUGGGCCAUGUGUGCUGGCACCCUCACCUCAGUGUUGCACCUUCUGGUGGAGAUUGCGCACAACUACAAUGAUGCAGUGCAAAUGAGGAAGGUGUUUGCCAAAGGCCUGCUGUACCUGGGUAUGAACACAGCUGGCUUGUUUAUCCAUUACCUGACAGACCAUGCACAGAGACAGGUUUUCCUGGAGACACGGCGCUGCAUUGAGGGUCGCCUCAGACUGGAGCAGGAGAACCACAGACAGGAGCGCCUGGUGCUGUCAAUCCUGCCUCGCUUUGUUGCCUUGGAGAUGAUUGCCGACAUGAGCUCCUUGGAAGAUGAACUGAAUCCUCAGGAGUUUCACAAGAUCUAUAUCCACCAGUACAAAGACGUCAGCAUCCUAUUUGCAGACAUCAAGGGCUUCACUCUGUUGUCCAUGAACCUGUCGGCACAGGAUCUGGUUCGAACUCUCAACGAGCUCUUUGGACGAUUUGACCGCCUGGCAGAGGAGCAUCACUGCCUGCGAAUAAAGAUAUUGGGAGAUUGUUACUACUGUGUGUCUGGGGUCCCUGAGCCACAGCAGGCUCAUGCCAGUCACUGCGUGGAGAUGGGCCUGGCUAUGAUCACCACUAUACGGUAUGUGCGGAAGCAGUUAAACUUUGACAUGGACAUGAGGAUCGGCAUCCACACAGGGUCUGUCCUGUGUGGCGUGCUGGGACUUCAGAAAUGGCAGUUCGACGUCUGGUCCUGGGAUGUAGGCAUCGCCAACAUGCUGGAGGCCGGAGGAAUACCAGGACGCAUCCACAUCUCAAGGGCGACUCUGGACUGCUUAGAGGGCACCUACAAGACAGAGGACGGUCACGGUCGCGACAGGAACGAGUUUCUCAGGAAACACAACAUCGACACAUUCUUAAUCUGCCCUCAGGAGGAAAAGGUCAAAGUUGACCACGCUGAGCCCCCCAGAAUCCAGAAAACAAACCAGACGUGGUGCCUAGAGACACCUUUCAGGAACGUCAUAGACAUGAACAGCAUCUUGGCCUCUUUUACAAACGGCUCACUGCCCAACAUAUGGAAGUCGUCCUCCAAGGAGAUCAAUAAACGCAUCAAACAUGCCAUAUUGGUUCGAAGCAGUGAGCGUAUGCACAAGGAGCACAUUACUCCACUGACCUUGGUGUUCAAGGACACAAACAUUGAGGACAAGUUUUCCCAAAUGAGAGAUGAAAUGUUCAACUCCAACUUGGUCUGCUCAUUCAUCAUGCUCCUCUUCAUCAUGGCUGCCCAGGCCCUCAUCCCUGCUCCUAGGCUGUUCCCAGCUGUCCUCCAGUUUUUAGUCUUUCUGCUCAUCUACAUGCUGCUGCUACUGCUGGCUCUGGCUGAAGAGUUCAAGUGGACUCCUUAUGCCCUGCAACAGUUCUGCUGCUGGAUCCAUGAAAACAACAGCGCCCGCAACCUUCUCACGCUCACUGCCAUCGUCGUCAACUUUGGUUUGGCCUCUACUGACAUGGUAUGGUGUGUUGUCAUUAACACAGAAGAGGCUGACGUGAUGGACAGAACCAGCACAGCCUUGCGUCCUCUCAGUGUCUGUACUUAUCCUGAGGUGUUUGUGUUGAGUGGCGUGAUCGCCAUGGUGACUUGCGCCGUGUUCUUGCGUCUAAACUCUCUGCUGAAGCUGGCGGUCUUGCUGCUGGCCGUGGCUUUUUACUCUUACCUCAUCCACCUGGCCUUCCUCACACUGGCACACCAUGACGUGCAGCACAAGUCUCAUUAUGUCAGGAGAAAUGGAAUCGCCAUCCUUCUCAUGAUUAUGUUCAUUGUUGCUGUCUUCUACAAUGGACGGCAGUGGGAGGCCACGGCCAGACUGGACUUCCUGUGGCGUCUGCAGGCCCAAAAGGAAGUGGAGGACAUGAGAGAGUUGCGUGAGCACAACGAGUGUCUGCUGUACAACAUCCUGCCUGUGCACGUUGCUCGACAUUUCCUGGACCGGAGCAAGAACGACGAGGAGCUGUACUCCCAGUCCUAUGAUGAAGUGGGUGUUAUGUUUGCCUCCAUUGCUGGGUUCAAUGAGUACUUUGAAGAGAAGGAGAUCAAACAUGAAGGAGUAGACUGCCUCCGACUGCUGAAUGAGAUCAUUGCCGGCUUUGAUGAGUUGCUGGAGGAGUCAUACUUCCACUAUGUUGAGAAGAUCAAGACCAUCGGGAGCUGCUACAUGGCAGCCUCUGGCUUAGCUCCAGACAGACAGGGUUCCAUGGAUGAAUGGAAUCACCUGAGCGAGCUGGUUUUGUUUGCGUUGGCAAUGCAGGAGACCUUGAAAGAGAUUAACAGGAACACAGCCAAAAACUUUCAGCUGCGUGUGGGCAUUGCCCACGGGCCGGUUGUGGCGGGUGUGAUUGGCGCCACCAAGCCGCAGUAUGACAUCUGGGGGUCGACAGUGAACCUGGCCAGCCGCAUGGACAGCACAGGUGUCAGUGGACGUAUCCAGGUACCUGAGGCCACGCGGAGGAUCCUGGCAGAGUGGGGUUUUGUCCUGGAGCUACGUGGAGAAAUAUUUGUCAAGGGGGUGAGUGAGCGCCAGGGCAAAGUCCGCACCUAUUUCAUCAGCACCAUGCGCAGCAAGACGGCCAAUGCUGCAGCAUAUGGCCGCACAGCAGAGAGGACAGGAGGGCGGAUGACACUGGCAGGAGUGGUGUUUGGUCUCGUCCAGGCCAGACACAAGGAGAGGAUAAGAGAAACCAACGGAGGGUUCAGUCUGACUCCCUGCUCCAUGCAGUGCUAAAAGGAUGACAGCAGAUUGUGGAGGACACAGUACAUCCAUAUUGUUUCCACUGGUUUACACCUUUUUUGUUUGUAUUUCAUACUUUGCCAUAAGAUAAUCAGCAGCACACUGGUCGCAGGAACCAGUUUCCCUCCAUGACUGUGUCCUCUUCAUCUUUUCUGUCAUCUACAAAAGGAAUCUACAGAGGAACUCUGUAAUGGUUACAUUUCUGAAGCACUGAUUUCAGUUUUAUUUUUAUUUGAAGUUUGCACAACUCUAGCAAGGGCCAUCAUGUUUUUUUGUAUCCAAUUAUCCUCACACCUCUAAGCCAAAACACACUACCUCAAAACAACCACCACAACCUUUUAUAGACAACCAGUGGCCUAUACAAUACUGACUUAUGUUUUUACCAUACAAUUAUCCAUUAUUUUUACAUUUCCUGUUGUGAUUUGAUACAUAACUUCAAGUACUAGUGUCCAUUCAUCAGCUGUACCUAACCUGCAUGUAUGUAAACACUGAGGCAGAAUCUACACUAUCUAUCUAGACUGUGGAACUGGGAAAAGAGAUUGAGCUGAAUUUAAUGCUAAAGCACCAGCCAUACAUGUUCCUCAUGUAAUGAUAAUAUUACAUGAGGAAUAUAAAAUAUAUAAAAAAUAUAAAAUAAUAUUUUUAUUUUAUAACCAUGUGAAUCUGAAAUGAGUCACAUGAUGAUUUAAGGUAAAGAUGAACCCUGUCUUUCAAAACUUAAGCAAAUGAAAGUCCAUCACAAUCAAGGGCUUUUUGUUUGGAAUUUUUGAAUUUAUAUUAAGGAUUUGGUUUCUGUAGGGUUGGACAGCAAUGUUUUGUUAUU